GUUCUAAAAAUCAAGAUGGCGUCUAUUAUCGUAUGCAUGACAGCGACGUCAUCUGCGCACACGCAAGGUUGCAAGUUCUCGUCCAAAGCAAUCAAUAUGGGGUUUGAUUCAAUAGUCCCUUCCGUGCUUAAUUUUAUAUCUUCGCUGUCCUCUCCUAUUCAGUUUCUUCUGUUGAUAGGUGUAGUAUUUGUGAUAAGAAGAGUUUUAAAAUCGAAAUUCGAAAGACCUGUGGAAGAAGAGCCCGAAGUUACGGUGGAACCGUUCAACAAGAAACGAGAUUUUACAUCGGAGGAACUAAAGGAAUACGAUGGAGUCAAAUCACCUUAUGUUCUCAUGMCAGUUAAUGGAAAAGUUUUCGAUGUAACAAGAGCUAAAGACUUCUACGGUCCUGGUGGACCAUAUAGCAUUUUUGCUGGACGUGAUGCAAGCAGAGGAUUAGCAACAUUUUCACUCGGUGCAGAAGCUCUAAAGGAUGAGUARGAUGAUCUAUCAGACCUAAAUAGCAUGCAAAUGGAUUCUUUACGGGAAUGGGAAACUCAGUUUGUUGAAAAAUAUGACCUUGUUGGCCGAUACUUGAAACCUGGGGAGAAGCACCAACAGUAUGAAGAAUCAGAAACAGAAGAAGAGGAUGGUAAAGGAAACAAAAAAGAUGAUUAAAAGAAUGGAAAAUGGCAAAAACUGAACAGAUAACAAUUGGAGAUGACUUUUUGAUUGGUCAGUGUCAGGCUUGGAAGUAUCAGUUAUAUAGCAGUGAAGAAUGGAUACCUGUCCCUAGAGCUGUCUAGUAUGUAACUGUAGAUUUGAGGUUUUGUAUUGAGUAGAUUUACCGAAUGUGUUUUUCGACACUGUCUAAAAUACAGUAACAAUCCAAUUCAGCAUUUGAAGCAUUGUGUUUUUUGCUGCUGUCAAACAUCUCUACUUAACUGCUUUGGAGAUCUCUCACAUGAGCCUGAAAUUAAUUAGCCCUUAAUUCAUAGUUUAUUCAGUYUUAAGAGAGGAUUCUGUAAAGCAGUUAGAUUUUUUAUUGAGUACAGCAAAAAUACUGAAUUUACUCAUGUAUAAGCCGCUCUCAUAGAUAAGUCGCACCCCGAGUUUUGGGAACGUUUGUGAGGGAAAAAAAAUGCAAUUUUCUCUUUGUGACCACCUCCUGCGAACAUUAUGAUCAGUUUAAAAUGUGGGGUGUAUGCUGAUUUUAGAUUUAUGCAAAUUAGCUAGUUUUUUGGGGCUUUUUUACAAGUCUUCUAGUAGAUAAGAUGCACCCCCGAUUUGGGAAUUAUAUUUUUUUGGAAAAAAUGCAGCUUAUACAUGUCGAGUAAAUAUGGUACCAAAUGCUAAGUAAGAAAUCUUGAUGGCUGAAAACUGAUCCAAAGUCAGUAUUUGAUCCUUGGAGAUAGUAUAUUAACUUUGCAAAAAUUAAUGUAAACAUUCUUUUUACACACAAUGUAUCUAAAUGGUGUUUUAAAAGUUCCUUUACCUUAUUUGGUUAUCAAGAAGUCUUAUAAUAAGGCUUGUGAUAAAAUUCCAUGUACUGAUAAUGGAAUUUGUAUUCUUGAACUUACAAGCUAUUUUUCUUUCAUCAAACUGUACAACAUGGCAUCUUGAGAUUCAGUAGUUCAUCAAUAUGAUUUUCAGAUUUUAUUAUUUGAAGACAGCAAAAUGUUUUAGCAAUAACAAUUAUUAGUCAUGCAGUAACUUAACAACAAAAGAACUGGGGCAUUGAAACAGCUAUAACAUGCAAUCUAAACCUUGUAUUGUUGGUUUGGUCCAAAUAUCUUCAUUUUUGUGUCCAGUAACAUGGCUGAUGACGAAAAGGUCAAUUUGUGGCCAGGAUUUGGUAGUGUUUCAUUUUAUGAGCUAGAUCCCAAAACCAACGUGGAGUCGUGUUUUUUUACAUAAAGUAGUUACAUCCUAAGUACUGAGGUGUUUUAGGAUGUCAUAGCCAGUUAUCUAACAAGCCAAAGAAUGAUCAUUAUUAAAGUGYAUCAGCAGAAAAUAAGA